UACAAGCAGUGGGACAAAGUUGUAUAUAAGGAACACUGUGAAUCCAGCUCAUCAUCACAUUACACUUAGCCUGACUGAGAGAUUCCAGCUGAAUACUACCAGAAACAACCGUCAUCAUGAAAGUUUGGAUUGUAUCCAUGUUGCUCUGCGCUGCCUUUACACUGCAGAUCACAGGGGCAGCUGUGAUUUCACCAAAAGAGGCAGCUGAGAUUCCUCCAGAAAACUUUCCAGAGAUUUCUCCCGGAAACAUUAUAGAGAUUCCUCCAGAGGAGGCUGCUGAGAUUUCUCCAGAAGAGGCUGUUGAGAUUUCUCCAGAAGAGGCUGCAGAGAUUUUUCCAGAAGAGGCUGCUGAGAUUUCUCCAGAAGAGGCUGCAGAGAUUUUUCCAGAAGAGGCUGCUGAGAUUUCUCCAGAAGAGGCUGCUGAGAUUUAUUCAGAGGAGGCUGAGGUUGCUGAGUAUGAGCAGAACCUCCUAAAUGGACCUUUAGAUGAUGAUAUGGUGCAGGAGAGUGACCCACUUGACUCUGUUUUAGGUCGGUCAGUGAUCUGUCCACCUGGCUGGUUUAGACAUGGGGCACGCUGUUUUCUGCUUGUGAAGUCUGGAUAUACAUGGCUUAAUGCUGAGACCCACUGUGUGAAUAACCAGGCUAGUCUGGCAUCUGUGCAAAGCCCCAGCGAGUAUAACUUCCUCCAGAGUUUGCUGACAGUGUCUGGCUACUCAGCCGCUUGGAUUGGUGCCUACAACUUCUUGGGCACAUGGAUGUGGAAGGACAAUACUGGGUUUUACUACACAAACUGGCAGUCGCAGAGCAGUGUGUCCAGCUACCCAUGUGCCUACAUGAGAUCCAGUGGUGGCUGGUCAAACACAAAUUGUGCAAGUGGAUAUGUCUUCUUCUGUGCUAUGAAUCCCUCUACCUGCUGAAGUGCACAGAUCAGAUUAAAACAUUUCUGUAUAAAUUAAAAAUGGCAUUUUGACAUUGACAUCUAGCUAUAAAUACACUGUGAUUAUGUGGAUAUUAGGAAAUGUAUGGUUUUAUAUAUGUAUAUAAUACCGAUUGAUGUUUUGUUUUAAAUGUGAACAUAAGAUUGAGAGUAUUUGAGUAUUUGUGUUUUUCAUUCAUAAAAUAAACGUGUUACCUUGUGUAAUAUA